CUCACUCACUCACUCGGCUUGCGUUCGUUACUUUCUCCUCUUCUCUUUCCCCUUUCUGCCCUUUUCAUUCUUUCCUCACUCCUCACCUGCAUUUGCGUUUCCAUCCUCCAUCCUCCGUUUGUUUCCCUGGAAAGGAAAAGAAAGGAAACAUUUUUCUUGCUUCUCCAGCCAAACUACGAAGAACCCAUCAAAACCCAGAGCCCAUCUUCGGCCGUUGAGGUACAAAUGUGUGUAAGUUAGGCUCAUGAGAAUUGGAAGCAAUGGCGUUUAAUUGAGCUGCGGAGGGAAUUGGGGUGGAAGAGAAAAGGAUGUCUUCUUCGAGUAAGACUGAUAAGAAGGCGGCUGUGGACGCAGCCGCAUGGAUGUUCAAUGUGGUCACAUCAGUUGUAAUCAUCCUUGUGAACAAGGCAUUAAUGGCUACCUAUGGCUUCAGUUUUGCUACCACCUUAACUGGUAUGCAUUUUGCAACAACGACCUUGUUAACACUUGUACUUAGGUGGAUGAAGUAUAUUCAGCCAUCUCACCUGCCAGUAUCAGAGCUUCUUAAGUUCGUUCUGUUUGCAAACUUCUCUAUCGUUGGGAUGAACGUCAGUUUGAUGUGGAACUCAGUUGGAUUUUAUCAGAUUGCAAAAUUGACAAUGAUACCAGUGUCUUGCUUUCUGGAAGUAGUCUUAGACAACAUGCGAUAUUCAAGGGACACAAAGCUUAGCAUAGGAGUAGUUCUGCUUGGCGUUGGGGUGUGCACUGUGACAGACGUCAGUGUCAACUUCAAUGGAUUUUUAGCUGCAUUUGUUGCUGUUUGGAGCACUGCCCUGCAGCAAUAUUAUGUACAUUAUCUUCAGCGAAGGUAUUCUCUGAAUUCCUUCAACUUGUUGGGUCACACUGCUCCAGCACAAGCUGGUUCUCUACUUUUGGUUGGGCCCUUUCUGGACUAUUGGUUGACGACAAAAAGAGUUGACGCGUACCCUUAUUCCUUGACGUCUGUGCUGUUCAUAGUGCUAUCAUGCACCGUCGCCAUAGGAACGAACCUCAGCCAGUUCAUCUGCAUUGGGAGGUUCACCGCGGUUUCCUUCCAGGUCCUGGGUCAUAUGAAGACGAUCCUCGUGCUGGUCUUGGGCUUCGUCUUCUUCGGGAAAGACGACCUUAAUUUCCAUGUGAUUGUGGGCAUGAUCAUCGCUGUGGCCGGGAUGAUUUGGUACGGCAAUGCCUCAUCGAAGCCUGGGGGCAAAGAGCGUCUGAGUUCCCCAGCUAACAGCAGCACCAAGUUCCAGAAAUUGGAAACUGCUGAUGCUGAUGAUAAAGUUUAGACACCACUAGAUAAAUUUAGAACAGAAGAGGAAGGAGGUAAAGAAAAAGGGAGAGGACAGGAUGAUUUCUAGACUGGCAUUUUCAGAUGAAUUUUAGUUCUAAGUAUUGGAUGUUGAUUACAUAGCUUCUUUUUUCUGUUUGGAUCAUAGUUAGGGUAAAGUAUGGUUCCAGAUGAGGUGAAAUACAAGGGGGUAAAAAAGAGUUAUUUGUGACCAUGAUGUUCUCUCAAGAAAUUAAUUAUUGAUUUCGAUAUUGAAUUUCUGAAUUUUCAUUAAUCUAGCACAACUUUAGUCUUGAACCAUUAAUUUCACUUGCCGAUCUCAUUUUCGAGACUUAAUUCAAUUGACACACUUUUCAUAAUUUUCAGAAAUCACUAUU